UAUCGUCCUUUGUUUGGUUACAUCUGUCUUUAGACUCUUUACCACCGCUCCUCAGUUCUCACUUGCUUCUCCUUUCUGCUUCAUAACUAGGUUCAAACUAUUAAGGGAUUCAUUUUAUUCGAUUUCAGGCCUACAGUUGUGUUAUCGGGUGCAAAAAGCAAAUCUGCAGACAGAUUUCAAUAAUGAUUCUUUCUGCUCUUUUAACUUCUGUUGCAAUUAAUCUUGGCCUCUGUCUUUUAUUUUUCACCCUAUACUCCAUAUUGAGAAAGCAGCCCAGUAAUAUCACUGUCUAUGUACCACGCUUAGUUGCUGAAGGAAAAGUUAAAGAGGGUGGCCAAUUUAACUUGGAACGGUUGUUACCUACUACUGGUUGGGUGAGAAAGGCAUGGGCGCCUUCUGAGGAAGAACUUUUGUCAAAUUCAGGCUUAGAUGCUUUUGUCUUCAUGCGCAUAUUUAUCUUUAGUUUAAAAGUAUUUACUUUCGGUGGAAUCAUUGGUAUGUUCGUUCUUCUUCCAAUUAAUUAUACAGGGAGUCAGCUUAGUGAUGAUACGGAUUUUCAAAACAAAUCUUUGGACGUAUUCAGUAUUUCUAAUGUUAACGAUGGCUCAAACAGGUUAUGGGUCCAUUUUUCUGCAGCAUAUGUUUUCACUGGAGUUGUUUGCUAUCUUCUUUAUUAUGAGUAUGGAUACAUUUCAUCAAAAAGAAUCGCUUGCUUCUAUUCAUCCAAGCCUCAGCCUCAUCACUUUACCGUAUUAGUCCGUGGGAUUCCUGUUCCACCUGGAAGGACAUGCAAUGAUACUGUUGAGCGUUUUUUCUUGGAGUAUCACCCUUCUACCUAUCUUUCACAUUCGGUGGUCCGUCGAAGCAGCAAACUUCAAAGUCUUAUUACUGAUGCAGAUACACUGUACAAAAGGCUUACCCAUCUGAAACAUAAAAAUGAUGCUCCUAAAAGGUAUAGGCGUGAUGGGUUUUUGGGACUUUUUGGGCAGAAAGUUGAUAUUUUGGAUCACUAUGAAAGGAGAUUGGGACAUAUAGAAGAUAAUGUGAGAAUGGAACAGUCCUCAGUGGCAGCGAAGGAAGUUCCAGCUGCUUUUGUCUCAUUUAAGACACGAUUUGGUGCUGCAAUAGCUUUACACAUUCAAGAAGGUGUCAAUCCCACAGAAUGGAUUACUGAGCAAGCUCCAGAGCCUGAUGAUGUUUAUUGGCCUAUCUUUACUGUUUCAUUCAUUAGAAGAUGGAUCAGCAAGCUGGUGGUUUUUGUAGCAUUUACUUCUCUCACGGUUCUAUUUUUAAUCCCAGUUGCAAUAGUACAAGGUCUUACCAAUCUUGAACAGUUGGAAAACUUUUUCCCAUUUUUGAGAAGCAUACUAAAACUGUCAGUUGUGAGCCAAGUUAUUACAGGCUACCUUCCCAGUUUGAUUCUUCAGUUGUUUCUAUUUUUGGUUCCACCUACAAUGCUUAUGCUUUCAUCCCUGCAAGGAUACAUGUCAUGGAGUCAGAUACAAAGAAGUGCAUGUACUAAAGUAUUAUGGUUUACCAUAUGGAACAUUUUCUUUGCAAAUGUGCUAUCAGGGUCAGUUCUGUAUCGAGUGAACGUCUUUCUUGAGCCCAAAGAGAUUCCCAGAAUACUAGGUGAAGCUGUACCAUCACAGGCAUCAUUCUUCAUAUCAUUAGUUGUGACAUCCGGAUGGACCACUGUAGCAUCAGAACUCUUUCAAUUGACUAAACUUAUUUCCAAUUUUAUGAAGAGAAUUUUUACUAAAAACAGUGGUGAUGAUUUUGAGCCCCCAUCAAUGCCUUAUCACAGUGAAAUUCCCAGGAUUUGUCUCUUUGGUCUUCUUGGUGUAACAUACUUCAUCCUUUCUCCAUUAAUAGUGCCAUUUCUCUUGAUCUACUUUUGUUUGGGAUACAUCAUUUUCCGCAACCAGCUUUUGAAUGUUUAUGUGCCAAAGUAUGACACUGGAGGACAGUAUUGGUCUACAGUGCACAACUCCACUAUUUUUUCAUUGGUACUGAUGCAUAUAAUAGCCAUUGGGAUUUUUGGUUUGAAGAAGCUUCCUUUAGCAUCUGGAUUGACUCUACCUCUUCCAAUUCUCACAAUUUUAUUCAAUGAGUAUUGCGGAAAGCGGUUCCUCUCUAUAUUCAAGGAUUAUCCUGCAGAGUGUUUGAUUAAGAAGGACAGAGCAGACCAAAACGAGCAUAAUAUGUCUGAAUUUUAUGAUAAGUUGGCCAAUGCAUAUAAAGAUCCAGCUUUAAUGCCAAUCAAAUAUUCCGAAAGGUCAGAGAGUCACAGCUCUCCACUUCUUCAUAGUUCUCAAGUUUAAUUCACAUAUAUAACGUUGGUUGCAAGUUGCAACUGUACAGCAGCAUGAAGGACUAACAGCUUAGAGAGUUUGACAGAUGAAUAAGGGAAUGUACCUUCAAUUUGACUUCUUUUCAGGUUUAUUUGGUUGACCUUGGUGUAGAGUGUAUGUUGUUUUCUUGUAAAUUGUUUGGAUUGAGAAUUUGCGCUUAUAAGGAGUAUGGAAAUUGUUUGUUAAAAGCCAUAGUGAAAAGAAAUGUAAUAAAUGAUUAAAAUUGUAAUAAGGGGAUGGUAGGAGUUCAUAAAAAGGCAAAGUUCUUGUUGUUGGUAAGAUUU